UGUGCCGCGCAGUGUGCGCAAAUUCAUAAACCUGCCGGCAAGGUCGGUGGUUUCUGAAUCCCGAGACUGGAAACCAGGCGGGAAGACCCUGCGGCCCGGUGCAAGACGAUGACAGCCCACAGAGAAUUAACUUCUGUUUACAUGGAACUCAGAAAUCGCCUGCAAAUCAUGACCUCAACGCCAGAGAAUGGCAGGUGAACAGAAACCUUCAAGUAACCUCCUGGAACAGUUUAUUUUACUAGCCAAAGGUACCAGUGGCUCAGCCCUCACCGCUCUCAUAAGCCAGGUGUUGGAGGCUCCGGGAGUGUACGUCUUCGGGGAACUGCUGGAGCUGGCCAAUGUGCAAGAGCUUGCGGAAGGAGCUAAUGCUGCUUAUUUGCAGUUGCUGAACCUGUUUGCCUAUGGAACAUACCCUGAUUACAUAGCCAACAAGGAGAGCCUGCCAGAACUGAGCACAGCUCAGCAGAACAAGCUGAAACAUCUGACCAUCGUGAGCCUGGCCUCGAGAAUGAAGUGUAUUCCCUACUCCGUGCUGCUGAAAGACCUGGAGAUGCGGAAUCUCCGGGAACUGGAAGACCUCAUCAUUGAGGCUGUCUACACUGACAUCAUCCAGGGCAAGCUGGACCAGCGAAACCAGCUGCUAGAAGUGGAUUUCUGCAUUGGCCGUGACAUCCGAAAGAAGGAUAUCAAUAACAUUGUUAAGACCUUACACGAAUGGUGUGACGGCUGUGAAGCGGUGCUGCUGGGCAUCGAGCAGCAGGUCCUGAGAGCCAACCAGCACAAAGAGAACCACAACCGGACCCAGCAGCAGGUGGAAGCAGAGGUUACCAACAUCAAGAAGACGCUCAAAGCGACCGCGUCCUCCUCGGCCCAGGAAAUGGAGCAGCAGCUGGCCGAGCGGGAGUGUCCCCCUCAUGCUGAGCAGAGGCAGCCCACCAAGAAGAUGUCCAAAGUGAAAGGUCUGGUCUCCAGCCGCCACUAGGGCUGGCUGGGGCAGCUGGUACUCACCAGGCCUGGUCAGGCGGGGAGGGGACACCAAGGGCCCAUUCCUCCCCCUCUCUACCUGCAGUGAGUUCCAGAGCUGCCCGUUUCCUCACCAGCGCCUCCCCGCCCUGUUGGUACUGUUCCAGAAAAACCGUGACUCCUUCCCCUGCCCCACUCCCUCCCUCCCAGUUGCUCCCUUCAGACUCAGGGGCUCCACGGAUGCCAUCCUUGUUACCGGGUAGACACUGCCCGGCUUCCCUCCAGGAGGUUCUGGUCUCUGUGUAAGGGCUUGGCUCCCUCCAGUUUUUCUUUUGCUCAUGCCAUUUGGUCAGGCUGUCCACGAGCCCAAGUCAGCUGUAACCGGCCCACAGGGAUGGCUGCGGAGUAGGCCCCGCUCUGAGCGAGGGAGCCGCUCUUUCUGCAGCCUGUGCACCCAGGGUUCCCUCCGUGGUGCAGGCGAUCUCUAGCCAGGUAUCCAGGCCCCUCUCUUCCCUCUCCUGCCUUUCCCUGUUGGCAGCUCCAGUUCAGGCGAUGGAGGGAGGUGACACUGGGCUGCAUUUACUAAACCUGCAGGUUUUCAGCCUCAUAAAGCCAGCUCUGGUCUCCGCUAGCUGGGAGUGCUGGACUGGCUCAGCAUACGUGGAGGGGCCGCGGGGGCUGUGGGCAGAGGGGAUCUCCCGGCCUGGUUGUCCUCUACUGGCCGCUUCUCCGGCUGCUCAGCUGCCCACGGGGGCUGACUGCCACCACAUGCUCUCCAGGCUCUUUCAUGCCUCCCGGCUGCCCUGCAGUGGGGUUGGUGGGGCCAAGGCCCUGUGGGAAGGACUGUGGCUGCUUUUGUCUCUUCCCCUCCACCCCUUCCUGGCCGGUGACCCAGAGCCCCUGAUGAUGGCAUCCUCCUGGCAAGAGAAAAGGACUUGACUAGACUUUCUGAACUUGAACAGUGUCAGGUUAUAUUUUAAUUUUUUUUUGUACAGGUUCUGAUUCUAAUACAUUUCAACAUGCUUUUU